AUGAAGUCAACUGCAGCAUCUACUGCAUUGUCAUCACCAUUCAAUGGAAAAACUAUUGUACUUGAACUUGGUCGUGAAAUCGGUUUCAAAGCUAAACAAGAAUUAAUCAAAUAUUUACAAGAACAACAAGCACAUAUUUCAUAUAUUCUUACAGCUAGUACUGAUUAUGUUUUGAUCACAAAUAAUGUAGAUAACUAUAAGACACGUCGUGCCAAACAACUUGGAUUGCCACUAGUUAAUAUUGAAUAUGUGUAUGAAUAUCGUCGUUUACCACUUGGUCAAACAUCGAUCGAUAUAGACAAAUUUAUCAUGAAGUCAGUGGAAGAUCAAGAAAAUUUUACUAACACUGGUACCAUAUCCGUCACAGGAUCUCGAGCUAAUUUAGUCAAGAUCCAUAAAUUCGAUUUAAAUAAAAUCAAAAUAUGGAAUGCAGAUGAUGUUAAUUUACCUCGUUUUGAUGAGUUAACACAUUGUGAAAUAUCAAAAUGGGCCAUGUUUAAAGAAACGAAUGAUAACUCAGAGGUGUACUUUGCACUUGAACUUCAAGUCAUUCCUGAACAAUAUUAUGAUCGAACAAUGAAUGAUUAUCGAAUACGAUUUCGCUAUGAAAAACAAACAAUUGUUAAUGAUAGACAACAACAAAAUAAAAAAGUAUUAAUACAAUAUGCAUUCAGUGAUGAUUCCUAUGAACAACAACAACUGUUUGCUACGUAUUAUUAUCGAGUAGCUACAAUGCCACGUGUCACACGAAUUCGUGAGAUGUUACCUGAUAAAUUAGGAUCAAAAUUAUUGUUACGUUCUUUAUUUACUCAUCGUAUUGAUACACAAAUGCUUGAUGAAAAUGUCUGUCAAUUAAUCGAAUCGAUUUGGUUAGAAUCAAUUGGUGAUUUGAAUAAAAUUUUAAGCGUAGCACCUGAAUCAAUCAUUCUUAAAACAAUUAUUGAAGCUGAAGCUGCACUACUUGAAUUGAAAACAACUAAUGAUCCUGAUGCUGCACUUCGUUUCUAUUCACUUAUUCCCCAUCGACCACAAUAUAAUGUUGAUCUUAUAAAAAAUCGUCGAGCAUUAACGGAAAAAAUCGAUCUAUGUCAAAUGCUUCGAGAUAUGGUCACAGUCAACGAAUUAACCAAUUGGAAUACAAAAGCACCAAUUGAAGCUAAAUAUCGAGCAUUGAAAUGUCACAUUGAAAAUAUCGAUAGUUCAACACUAGAAUUUAAAAAUAUUGCUGAAUUGAUUCAAUCAUCAACAGAUAGUGGUGAACAAAUUGUUAUUCAUCAGAUAUUCAGUGUAGCUAAACAAACAGAUGCACUCAAUUUUUGUACAUCUAUAUCAAAUCAACGACAAUUAUUUCAUGGAUCAAAAUAUGCAAACUUUCUUGGAAUUCUUUCACGUGGUUUAGCAAUGCCAAAACUGGUAGUAGAAGAACUAGGUGUUACACGUACUGAUAUAGGUUGUCUUGGUUAUGGACUUUAUUUUUCUGAUUCUGCUUCAACAUCUUUAAAAUAUACGACAGCAAGCACAACACGAUCUGGUAGACGAUUGUUAUGUGUUUGUCAAGUAGCACUUGGUGAAUCAGCUAAAUAUUAUUCAUAUGCAUCAACUCUAGUCAAACCUCCUGAUGGUUAUCAUAGUACACAUGGAGUCAAACGAACCGCAGAAAACAAUUCAAUGUUUAUUGAUAAUGAAUAUGCUAUCUAUCAACUUGAUCAACAACGUUUACUCUAUAUUGUCGAAGUUUCAUGGAUACCACAUGAUAAUUUGAAUAUUGAAUUAGAACGAUUGUCAAUUAUUCAUCAUCAACAGCAUGCACUACAAUUAAAUGAAGUUCCAAUGACAAUCGAAGAUGAAGUUAUUGAAAUUGCUGAACAAGAUUAUGGUUUAAUAAAUCCAUCAUCGGGAAAACUUGUACCACUUAAAUCAUUUCAUAUUCGUGCUCAAAUUAUUGAUGCUACUGUUGAAGUUGUACUCUAUCAAGUUUAUCAUAAUACAAGUUCAAUACCAAUUGAAGCUAAAUAUGUAUUUCCUCUUGAUGAAAAUUCUGCUGUAUGUGGUUUCGAAGCACAUAUAAAUAAUAAAGUUAUUAAAGGUGUUGUCAAAGAGAAAGAACAAGCCAAAAAAGAAUAUCGAGAAGCUAUCGAAAAAGGACAUGGUGCUUAUUUAAUGCAUCAAGAACAAGCUCAAGUAUUUAGUGUAGCUGUUGGUAAUUUACCAGCAAACAAUGAAGUUAUUAUUAAAAUAACUUAUGUUGCCGAAUUAGAAAUUGAAAAUGGUGAAAUAAUAUUUCGUCUACCAGCUAAAAUGGCAUCAUGGCAAUCGAAACAAGCACUCGAAAAUAAGGAUCAAUCAAUUGUACGAUCGAUUGGUAUUGCCGAUGAAAAAGUUGAAUUUAGUUUCAAAGUAUCAAUUCGAAUGCCAUAUGAAAUACUUAAAUUAUUUUCACCAACACAUCGUCUUCGAAGAAAAAUAACUGAUUGUAUAGCAGUGAUUGAACUUAUUGAUAAUGUUUUACUUGAUCGAGAUUUUGUUCUUUCAAUAACACUUAAAACUGCUAAUUUACCUCGAUUAUCUAUUGAAUCAUUAUUAUUAGAUGAUGAAAAUCAAACAGCAAUAAUAUCAAAAAGGAAUGAAUCUCAAGCAUGUAUGCUUACAUUUUAUCCACGUUUUGAAACAUUAACAAAUUUAAACGAACAAAUCGAACUCAUUUUUAUUAUUGAUGUAUCAAAUUCAAUGGAUGGUCAUCAUGUACAGCAAGCUAAACAAAUAGCUCAUUUAUUUCUUACAAAUUUAAAGGUCGACGAUGGAAAUACAUAUUUUAAUAUAGUUACAUUUGGAUCUGAUAAUGAUGAAUGUUUUCCAAUCUCAACACCAGUAGCCAAAGAAAAUCUUGAUAAAGCUAAACAUUUUGUUUUGCAUUCACUUGUUCAUCGUGGUAAUACAGAUCUAUAUGCUGUUCUUCAUCGUUAUUCUCUAUUAACAUCAUUACCAACAUCGAAAUAUGGUCGUCAAUUUAUUAUUCUAUCUGAUGGACAUAUUCAUGAUUUUCAAUCGAUUCUUGUUCUACUCAAACAUCAAUCAACAAUGCGUCGAGAUCGUAUAUUUACAUGUUCAAUAGGUAACAUUGCUAACAAACAUGGUUUAAAACAAUUAGCAAAUGGAGCACGGGGAGGUGGUUUAACAAUUGUUUUCGAUUCGAACUAUCGAUCAAAAUGGAAAACGAAAGUAUUAAAUAUUCUUGAACAAGUUCGACAACCAUGUGUAACAGAUAUAUCAGUUGAUUGGCAUGGAAAUCUAGAUGAACAACAAAAAUUUAAUAUGCAAAUACCAAAAAUAAUUCGAUCAUUAUUUAAUGGAAUGCGACUGAAUAUCUAUCGAUUUAUACAAAAUUAUCAUAAGGCUACAUUAACGGCUACUAUUGAUGGACAAGAAUAUGUUACUACAGUAUUUAGUAAUCCAACAACAACGACCAAAGGACGUAUCUUACAUUGUUUAACUGCUCGAGCGAUUAUUGAUGAUUAUGAAAAUGGAAUGUUACAUGUAGAUGAGAGUGAAAAUGAAUUGAUGAAAAUUCAAUAUAAACAAGAUCUCAUUGAUCUAAGCAUAAAACAUUCAGUUGUUAGUCCAUAUACUAGUUUUGUUGCUAUCGAAGAACGAGAUGCUAAAACUGAUGAAAAAA